AUGGUUAUCCAGACUGUCGGAAUAGUCGGGACAGGCGUAAUCGGUGCUUCAUGGACCGGUCUCUUCCUCGCUCAUGGCCUGCGCGUACUUGUGGCCGAUCCAGCUCCCGGAGCAAAAGAGAAGCUUGAAAAGCAUCUGAAGGCUAUCUGGCCCACUUUGCAAAGUAUAGGAACGAAGAAGAGCGCUUCACUAGCCAACUACACCUUCGUCGGCGCCAGUCUCGGCCAACACUACAAGAAGAACGCCCCAGAACGCCAGAAUUUAAAGCAGUCCCUUUUGGCCGAAAUCGACUCCUCCGUUCGCUCAGACGUCGUCAUCGCAUCCUCAUCCUCCGGCAUACCCAGCUCCCGAUUCAUCAGCAAAUGCAAAACUCCCGAACGAGUUCUGAUCGGGCAUCCAUUCAACCCCCUCAACCAGUGGAAACGUACACGUAAUUGGGAGAGAAGCCGACAGUCCUGA